CUGCGCUUGGCGGUUGUUUUUAUGUGAUUUCAUCCAAAUUCUAGUCAAAAUGUAAUUAUGUGCGUCAAAAAUCAAUAUCAUAAUGUCUUAAAACUUUUAUGAAAACACUCUCCGGAAUUCUCAGAUCAAAUUUGCUGUGCUGAUUUGACAUGAGUGUUCCUGAUUACACAGUCUGUGCUGACGACCACAGAACAAUCCUUGUUCUAGUGAAGAAAAUAGGUGAUAAAAUAAGCCAAAAAUCUUUCAAUAAUAUUUAUGAAAAAAUUUCUCGUAUUAAUCAUUUGAAGUUGAAAGAAGGCAGCGGUUCGGAGAAUACAGCUGUUCGUUCCAUUUUUUUACGAUAUAAAAGCAGUUACCCUCCUGAAAAUAAUGAAUGGGGAGACUUGCAAACAUAUCGUAAAGUGCUUGGCCUCAUAUCAGUGGGAAAAUAUGAACUUGAAAGCAAUGUCCAAGAGCUGUGUAAGGAGCAUAAUGCUCUGCAAGAAAAAUAUUGCAAUUCUGUAUUUGAUUCUCGUUGCCUUGCCUUUGGAAGUGAUAGCAAUUCCCCAUCCGAAGCCAUUGAUCCAAGCAAGUUUCCAUUUGAAGACCAAACAUCAUUUGUCGACUCUAUUCAAUCACCUGUUUUAGAGAACAGUCAAAAUGAAGUGUUUAAAAAUACUGUUGAACCUGUGCCAAAAAGCCAUAUUAGUAAUGAAAAUGAGAACAGUCUAUCUGAAAACUCUAGUUCACCCGAUAAUAAUACACCAGAUAUUGAUAGCUGCAAAGAUUUUACUUCUGAAUUAAGCUAUAAUGAAGAUUUCUUUUCAUUGCCAAAUGUAAAUAUUUCUGAAAAUUGUAAGACUGAUUUUUCUUGUAAUAAUAAUUUAGCAGAACAUAACUUUAACUAUGUGUGUAGCAAUAGUAGCUCAUCAUUAAAUUCUGCUGCUGAAGGAAACUCUCCAUCGAAUUCUAAAAAAAUUAUAAUUCCUUCAACUGUGAAUUCUAGAAGAAUACAAUGCAUCAUUUAUCCAAGUGCCGAUAACUAUGAACAGAUUGAACAUGAUAUUAAAGAAUUUGCAAGCUCGCUUUUUUGGGUUCUUGAAUCAAAACGUUUGGAUCGUUCAUUUGAAAAGCAAGAUAAAAUAUCAUUAUUAACUGCUCCAUUUGAAAAAAAGAGCUUUGUUGGAAUUGAUACUGAUACUAGAGUUUAUAAAAGACGCUGCAUUGGUCGAAUGAAAAAAUAUAUUGGAGACUUGGCAUUGCAAGCUGGAUUAACAUUGGAAGCUCUAUCAUUUUAUACAACUUCUGUUGAGCUCCUUAAAGCCUGUCAAGAUUGGUUGUGGCUAGGUGCUGCAUUUGAAGGACAAUGUGCAGCUUCUACUGUCUUGAUGUGUCCUGAACAUAAUGCUCCUUUGCAGAGAAAUUCAUCUGUUCCUCUUGGCAUUCAUGCUGGUAAAGUAAAAAAUGUUUUAGCCAUUUCAAGUGGUUCCAGCAAAAGUCUUCCUAUUGGUGUUGAUGCUUAUGAGUAUAAACAACUUGGUAAACAUAUUCUUAGUUUAGAUGAAAUUGAAGAAAAAUAUAUGGAAGCUGUGAUUCAUUACCAAAAGUAUCAAGGUGCUAUAGUUUUAGAAAUGGAGUGCAGUAUUAAGGCUGCAAAAGUUCUAGCCACACAAGAGAAAUAUUUACAAGCUUCAGAAUGUUUGAAAAAUGUAAUUUUCACUUCUUUAUCUCAAACUGACUAUGAAAAGAUGCGUAGGUUUGAUGCUUUGGCAAAAAUAUAUACAGAUAUUGGCUUUCAUCGGAAAGCAGCAUUCUUUAAAAGAAUAGCUGCAAUGAGGUGUGUUGCUGGGUCAAAUGAUAAUCAAAACUGGCUACAGUGUUAUCAUUUACUUCUGCAAUCCCUUGAAGGUUAUAAUUUGCCUCUUGAUGCUCAAGAAUUCCCUAAAGGUAUCACAUAUGGAUGGCCAUCAAUACAAGUGCAAGCCCUGCAUGAUCUUGCUGGUGUAGCAGAACAAAUGAACAACCAGGCAAUAGCAGUUAGGCAUUUGACCUUUCUUCUUCAUACAUUACUUCAUCACUUAACAUCAGCAGAUCAGCAAAAGCUGUGUGAACAACUUGCGGCCUUAACUGCAAAAUGUGAAGGAGCACCAGUUCCUCUCACUUUAGACAAUGGUUUAAUUAUACCUCCUGUCAAUCUCAUCAAUUUGCCAAGUGUGAAAUCUUUCAAAUUACAAAAUCUGGCUCCUCAUUUAAGACCUGUUAAAAUUGCAACCCAGUUAGAGACAGAUCAGGAUUCAAUAUUCAUUUUCUCAGCUAUUCCAAGAGAGAAAGAUAAUUCUAUGAAAAAUGGAAGUCAAAUGGCAUUCAAAUGGGUCGAAGGAGACGUUUGUGAAGUAUCCUUACAAGUUUUUAAUCCGUUAUAUUUUGAACUAAAAGUUACUCACAUGGGCCUUCAAGCUGACAAUAUACCAUUUGAAAGUUUUCCUGCUUGUCUGUCAUUACCUGCUCAAUCAGGACCAUACCCUGUGAAUUUGCUUGGUAUGCCACUGAGCUCUGGAGAACUACAAAUCUUAGGUUAUACAACUCAUGUGUUAGGUAUUAAAAGCAACUGCCGGUUAAGAGAGAUCCCAGCUAUAAAAAAACAAUAUUUUUCUAUUGAUGUUAUUCCAAGGUUGCCUCAAAUCCAAGUUACUACAUCUCUACCUAAAGCUUCAAUGUUUUCAUCUCUUGGUGAUACUAGCUAUGUUGUUGCCAGUGCUUCUACUACAAUGUAUGCUGGUGAAUGUCAAGAAUGUACUAUAACUAUAACAAAUAGGGGAAAAGAACUUGUGGAAAUGCUUGAUAUUUCAUUACACUCGAAGUUAAAAAAAGAUAAAGAAUAUUCGUUUUUUACUUGGAGCAAAGAGAAUCUUCAAACUCAAUUACCUGUUGCUGUUGGACAUGCUGCUAGUUUUACCCUCUAUAUCAAUGCUAUGGGAGAAUUUGUUAAUCCAUCUAAGCUAAAAUCAGAAGAUAGUAGAAUAAAUCAAUCUUGCUCAAAGAGUUCUCGGUCAUCUUCAACUUCAUCCUAUGGAGGUACUCCAAACAAGCGAAAACCUUUAGCUUUAAGUAGUCCUGAGCCGUUUCCACCAAAGACAAUUGAAGCUGUACUUCAGAUUCAAUAUUCUGGUGGACCAGGCAUGAAAGCAGGAUAUUGUAGACGGUGUGCAGUUGCUUUAACUAUUGAAGUUCUACCUUCUGUCGUCAUUACUAAAUGGGAUGUUCUUCCAUCUGAAAUGCCUUCACAUUGUUAUUUAGUCUUAGAUGUAUUAAAUUCCACAACGCAUGAAAUGGAGCUUCAGUAUGCUUCAAAUAAGAGGAUUCUUAUCGAAGCUCAUGAUAUUUGCAGAAUUCCUGUUUCAGUUGAACGGUGUCCUUUAUCUGCUGCAAUAAAUCAAGAUAUGACUCUAAAUAUUAGUGGAAACAAAAAAGUUACAUUGCUCACAACGUGUCGUGAUCACCUAGUGAAUUUAGUUGAUCUGCAGUGGGUUUUAUCAGCAUUAGAGAUAUCUGGAAAAGCUUCAAUAUCUGAAAUUACUUGGACAGAUGAAAUGCUUGGAGUCAUACUAAUGUCACCUGUUCAAUGGGAAAUAUUCUUGAAUGAAAGACUCUUCAAAUCUGAAUAUGAAUUUAGCUAUAAUGUUGGUGAGUUAAUUACUCUUGGUAUAAAGCUGCAAAAUGUUUCUGACAUUAUUCUAAAUUCUUUACAACUGUGUGUGAAAGGAUAUCAAGAUCACCAAAAUGGCCAUAAAAGUUAUCAUUUAGAAACAAAAAGAGCUGUAGUUGGAAGUGAUCGUUUGAUAAUUAAGGAGAUUCAUCCCCAUGAAGAAUACACUCAUAAUUGCGGAUUUGUAUUUUUUCACCCAGGUGUAUAUAAACUCGAUAUCCUUUUCUGCCACAAAGAUAUUGGAAUUUGGCCUCAAUCAGCAUCAGAUAGUGUAUUUAAUAGCAUCGAUAAAAACAGUACCUCGUUUUUUGCCAUCGUGGAAUACAGAUUUUGGGGGCCAAUUUCAAAAAUGUGCCCCAGCUAUUGA